CUUCUCACUAGCCCUCGCCUGCCACAAACACGCACUUACUCCAGACCUCAGGUCAGAACGAAACGGUGCCCGCACUCCCGAGGCUGAUCCAAAGAGACAAUGGCAACUCUCAAGGGGCCAGGUGCUCCUCAGAAACACGAUGGCUCCGGCCUGCGAAUUGCAAUAGUCCACGCCCGCUGGAACACCACCAUAAUCGAAGCCCUAGUCAGCGGUGCAAAGAAGGCCAUGCUAGCCCAGGGAGUGAAAGAGGAGAACAUCGUCAUUGAAUCAGUCCCCGGAUCGUACGAGCUCCCCCUUGCGGUCCAACGAGUCUAUGCGGCCUCUCAAAUACAGAGCACGGCGAGCGCAGUCGCAGGUGGCAUGGGUAGUCUGGCGAGCGGGAUUGGAGAUCUCCUGGGAGGAAGUAACUCGACAACAGACCUGCAGGGAAGUCUCCAGCCAGGCCCGCCAGAACCAGAGAAGAAAGACGUGAAAGGACUGAAGCAUACCUUCGACGCCAUAAUAGCCAUUGGGGUGCUCAUCAAAGGCGAGACCAUGCACUUCGAAUACAUCGCCGACGCUGUGACUCACGGCCUGAUGAGAGUCCAAUUGGACACUGGUGUGCCGGUGAUCUUUGGUCUUCUUACAGUCCUGAACGAGGGCCAGGGUCUAGCACGAGCUGGUCUUGAAGGAGGUACAGGCAAGGAGGCUAAAGGACAUAACCAUGGAGAGGACUGGGGCAACGCAGCGGUCGAACUUGGAGUGAAGAGGAAGGGAUGGGGAGAAGGCAAGAUUGCCGGAACGUGAUCCACGUAGCAUUGCCUACCUGCUUGUGGUGGUCUUCUGGAGUAUCACAAGCCUGGAGGUCUCUCUGGUGUUUAGCCUUGAUAUGCGAGAGACGAAAAAAGCCCACAAAACUAGAUAUCGCGUCGACGGUUGGUCCCAGCCUCUUUUUUUCAACUAGAAGCCCCAUCGCCCGUCUCCAACGCCGGUAAUGCUACAGUGCUGGAAAGGCGAAAUCAAUCAUUCCUGCAUG